CCUUGUUUCAAAACAUUAAUCAUAUCUAAGCGAGCGCAAAAAGGGAACAGGCAGAAGGCGAGGUUUGCCAAGCGUCGGAAGCUGCGCUGCUUCGACAGGGAAAAGCUUGGAGCCUUUGACCAUGUGGUUCUAUCUGGCAGUCUUGUUGGGCCUCUAUUUCCUGCUUCGAUGGUACCGUGAGAAAAAGAUCGUGAGCAACCUGACAGAGAAAUAUGUCUUUAUAACUGGAUGUGACUCUGGAUUUGGCAAUCUGUUGGCCCGGCAACUGGACAACAGGGGCCUUCGGGUACUGGCAGCCUGUCUUACCGAGCAGGGUGCAGAGAAGCUUAGAGCGGCUACAUCAGAACGGCUGCAGACCACUCUGUUGGAUGUCACCAGCACGGAAAGUGUGGCCAAAGCCACCGAAUGGGUGAAAAGCCAUGUGGGAGACAAAGGACUGUGGGGAUUGGUGAACAAUGCUGGUAUUUCGGUUCCUGUGGCCCCCACUGACUGGUUGACCAAGGAGGAUUUUAGGAAAAUCCUGGACAUCAACCUUCUUGGGUUGAUAGAUGUGACCAUACACAUGCUGCCUUUGGUGAGAAGAGCCAAGGGAAGGAUCGUCAAUGUUGCCAGUGUAAUGGGACGACUGUCUAUGUUUGGUGGUGGCUAUUGUCCUUCCAAAUAUGGUGUGGAGGCCUUCUCUGACUGUCUCAGGCUUGAAACCCUUAACUGUGGUGUGAAGGUGUGCAUAAUAGAACCGGGCUAUUUCCAAACUAACAUCACAAACGAGAGGAUCAUGCACAACAACUUCAACUGCCUCUGGGAGCGGCUCCCAGAGGAGACCAAGCAGUUCUAUGGGAAGUCUUUCUUGCAAAAAAUAAUUGAGGCAACCUCUAAAAUGCAAAGGCACUGCAGUCCCGAUCUCUCUCUGGUUUCCAACUGCAUGGUACAUGCCCUGACUGCCGUUUACCCUCGGUUUCGCUACACAGCUGGCUGGGACGCCAAGCUCAUUUAUAUUCCUCUGAGCUAUAUGCCAACUUGGCUGACUGACCGAAUACUCACCAGCCAGUACAUCAAGCCUGAGCAGUCCUGUUAGGAUUGUGGGAUUAAAAAAUGUAAAGAACAGAGGUUGGAGGGUUUUUUGUGGUCUUUUUCCAGUUCACAACUCAACCACAAUUCACAAGAAUGACCCAUGGGUUCUCUUCAAGGGUUGUUUAUGGAUAACAAGGGUUGUUUAUGGAUAACAAGCCAUGAUUUAUGAGCACAGCUGAAUUCAGACAAUACUUUUGCCCACUUUUCAACAAUAGCCCACAGUUCAAAACAGCCCGUGAGCUAUUGUGGAUUAUUGUUUUGUCUGAACACAGUUGAUGAAUGCCUGGGCUGGAUUCUGCCCUGCAGGUGGAAUCUCUGUUUUGUUUUUUCCUAAUUGCUUUUCAACCCUUUUAAAGUCUUGCAUGGUUUUGGUGAAGCCCUUCUGGUUGCAUGGCAGCUUAUUUUCAAGCUACGUAUAUCCCAUGUUGGCUUAUACCUAUCAUGUCUGUUAACAGGAGGGGGUGUCCUGCUGUUCUUCCCCGUGUUUCCUUGGCAUUUGGCUGUCAUUGUUUUCUCAUCCCCUAUGGUACAGAGGGAGGCGAUGUCCACCCCAGUCCUGCCUCUCAAGCUACCUCAGGGCAAGGGCAUCUGAAGCUGCCUUAUCCCAGUUCAGAACAUGGAUCCUCUAGCUCAGCACAAUUGAAUGUGGCUGUCCAGAGUUCCAUGAAGAGGUCUCUUCCCAGGUCCUUGGAACUGGAGAUGGUGGAGAUACCCCAUUCCCAUGAAUGCCUCAGAUUUCUAGUGCUUUUGUAAGUCUCAGUUUAUGGCUUCACACAACACAACAAGCAACCCUUCAUGGAUACCAUGGUUUGCAUUUUUUAACCAUGGCAGACAAUCAAGUGGUUUCUACUUUAUCCUGGUUUCCAUCCUCCCAUGGUUGGCAUCAGCCACUGCACCUGAAAGCUGCACUGGUCCUUGCUUGUGGCUCCUGCUUCUU